UGGGGUGAUUUUCAUGACUGAGAUCUGUAGCUGCUGUAGAGCUAGAGAGAGACCAGGUACGUACCAGUGAGUGAUCGUGACUCGACUGAGGUCGAGGAUGCAGUAUAAUUAUAAGUCACUCUGAAAGUUAGAUCUAAAUCCUGAGAUGUCAUUAUUAAUGGAAGCUUGCGAUACGGGUGAUGUGGGUGUGGUUCAGUUGGCACUAGAAGGAGGGGCGGAUCCAAACCAGGCCAACGAGUCGGGUCAGUCCCCUCUCUGGGUAGCCAGUUUCGAUGGUCACCUGAAGUGUGUGGAACUUCUAAUCGAUGCUGGAGCCAAUGUUGAUAUGCAAGCAGAGCAUGGAGCUACUGCGCUGCAUGUUGCUGCUCAGAAUGGUCACUUGAGGGUAGUUGAAGUGUUAAUUGCAGCUAUGGCUCGAGUUGAUAUCCAAGCGAAGGGCAACCGGACUGCUCUCCACGUAGCCAGUAGCAAUGGACAUGAUGAGGUGGUGAGGGUCCUCUUAGCAGCCAAGGCUACAGUCAACACUCAGAACAAGGACAACCGGACUGCUCUCCACGCAGCCAGUAGCAAUGGACAUGAUGAGGUGGUGAGAGUCCUCUUAGCAGCCAAGGCUACAGUCAACACUCAGAGCAAGUCGGGUGAGUUCCCUCUCUGGGCAGCCAGUUGCAAUGGUCACCUGAAGUGUGUGGAACUUCUAAUCGAUGCUGGAGCCAAUGUUGAUAUGCAAGAAGAGGACAACGUGACAGCUCUCCAUGUAGCCAGUGGCAAUGGACAUGAUGAGGUGGUGAGGGUCCUCUUAGCAGCCAAGGCUACAGUCAACACUCAACACAAGUCUGGUCAGUCCCCUCUCUGGUCAGCCAGUUUCGAAGGUCACCUGAAGUGUGUGGAACUUCUAAUCAAUGCUGGAGCCAAUGUUGAUAUGCAAGCAGAGACUGGAGCUACUGCGCUGUACGUAGCUUCUCAGAAUGGUCACUUGAGGGUAGUUGAAGUGUUAAUUGCAGCUAUGGCUCAGGUGGGCAUGCAAGAGAAGGAUGGGGCCACAGCAUUGCACGUAGCCAGUGUGAAUGGUCAUUGUGAAGUGGUGGAAUGCUUAGUUGAGAGAGCCCACUGUGACACCAUUGUAAAGAUGAAUAAUGGCAUGACUCCCCUCCACAUUGCUUGCUUUGGUGGACACAAAGAUGUGGUACAGUACAUGGUGGAGAGAGCCCACUGUGACACCAGUGUAACUGAUGCUGGAGGCAGGACUCCACUUGACUAUGCAAUACAGGAGGGUCAUACUGAAACCAUCGAAUAUCUUCAGUCUCUUGGGGCACCAUCUGCUGCUCCCAGUCAGAGCACCGACCCUCCAGUAGACCAGCAGCCGCAAGGGUUGUUGAACAAGCUACAAUCACCCGCUAUUCAAUGGUCAGAGCGCAUAUCUCGAACAAACGUGAUUAAUACUCUACAGAAAUAUAUAGGCAUCACUCGAAAAAAAGAAAAAAAAUUGUUUUCUUGGAGAAGCAAAGAAAAAAAGGAGUACCUCAAAUACAAGAGUGAUCAUAUCCUGGCCGAACGCGAAGGACUGCUGCCUCUAGGGAGUGAUCAAGAUGUUAUAUUGUCUCCUCAUCUACCAACUGGAAGCAUAAGUCAACCGCAAGAAUCCAAACACAGUUUCGAUUUCCCUGGUGUUGAAGCUGUAGCCCACACUCACGUGAUUGUCACCAACUCAUCCCAAACCUUCGUCUGGGAUGGCCAUGGGUUCAAACUUCACAUACCUCAGGACUCUCUGCCAGCUGGUGUUGACCAAUGUCGACUAGACAUCAUGGCCAGUGUAGCUGGACGUUACCAGUUUCCUGACAAUCUCCAGUUGGUCAGCGGUGUAUUCUGGUUGCGUCCUCAUCCCCCGGAUCCAUUCCAGAAGCUGCUGACAGUCGAAAUACAGCACUGUGCGAAGAUGACCGGCUCCACCAAGCUCUCAUUUGUAAAAGCACUUUGCUCCCAGGAGAGUCUGCCCUACACAUUCAAGCAGCUUGAAAGACGUGGCUUGUUCGCUGAUCAGACAUCGUACGGUUCACUGGAGCUGUCUCGGUUCAGUGGACUGGCGGUGACUGGAGAGGAUGUGGAGAGAGUGUACACUGCCAGCCUCUACUACCUUGGCUCAGAGCUGCAUAGCAGGGAAAUACAUUUUGUUGUCAGCUGGAAUGAUGCGAUUCAUAGAACACGUGUAAGUGAGGAGUAUUCCUCUAAAGAAGCCAUUCUCGGACUGAAUCAUAUCGUUGAGUUUGAAGAGGACAGAAUAACACUAGAUGUUCCUAAUGAUGGUGCUGAAGUUAGUGGAGGGUGGAGAAUAACGCCAAUGUUUCAUCCUACGGUAAUGAAGAAGCAUGUUGAUCAGUUCAAACCUGGACAGUCGAUUCCGCACUGCCACUUAAAUGCUGAGCUGACAAGCAACGAUGAAAUGUCUCCUCCCAAGCUACUCCACCAAGUCAAGCUAGUGGGUGCAAAGGAUCCCUUCAAAUUCAUCACUCUUAACUUGGUCCUCCAGCGAACUCUUCCAGGAUCACCUGCUCAACCAGUGAGUACAGCUCUUCAACAGUUGAUGGACAACUGUCAGCUCAGUGUUACCCAAAUCAACCGUGGAAUCCAACAAAAAGACAUACCAUUUUUGGCUGCAUAUUUCGAUAUUGUUGAGCUCUAUGUCGAUGUGAUGGAAUUAUCUCCUGGCGAGCAAAAUGAUGUCAGCAAAAAGGCAAAUACUCAUGUAGCUAUGAUCGAGUGCUUGAAAAUCUGGAAAAGAAGGAAGCUCUCACAAGCGACAUUCAGGGUCCUUCUGGAGAUGUUAGUAAAGCUGAAGAAAGAGGCGAUUGCUGCUCAAGUCUGUCAGUACUUGAAGGAGCUGUGAGGAGGUGCACAUAAUACAGCACUCUGGUCCAUGGACUGUAGAGAUGCCUGAACAGAACCCUCAGAUCAGCUUUAUCCCCAAAGUGUAGUUAUUAUUGUCCUGCACAUUGUGUUUUGUAAUUAUUGUGUGUGUUGAACUUUUGUUGUUUCUGAUUAUUAUGAGCUAGCACUCCAUUA